AUGGUUAUUAUCUGGUCUAUUAUCCGCUUCGAACCAGUGCUGCUCCUAUUUUUGCGUGCAAGUCGUAGAGAGAAGGCUGUGCGAACACCACUUGUUUUCGCAACAGGUUCGAAGUUAUGGAUCAUCAUGGAAUAUCUGGGCGGUGGAUCAGCGCUCGACCUUACCAAAAGUGGGAAGCUGGAUGAAAGUCAUAUUGCUGUGAUUCUAAGAGAGAUUCUGAAAGGUCUAGACUAUCUUCACAGCGAGAGGAAAAUACAUCGUGAUAUAAAAGGUGGGCCUUUAUACUAUUUUCCUUUGCAAUUGGCGACUACUUUUUUGACGGGCAUUCUUUCCGUAAGGAAUUACAUGCUCUUUGGCGCAUGCAUUUUAUCGUUUCGGAUAGAGUUUUACCGCUUUCGAGUUUUUGUAAAUGAUUAUCUGUUAAAAGUACUCGCUCUUCCUUCCAUGAGCCUUUUAGGUGCUAACAUCUUGUUGGAUGAGACCACUGGAGCAGUGAAACUCGGUGACUUUGGCGUCGCGCGAUUUUUGUCCACUGUUGCUGGACUGAAAGCAAACACUUUUGUUGGCACACCAUUUUUUAUGGCUCCAGAAGUUAUUCAGGAUGGUCAUUAUGAUGUCAAGGUGGAUCACUGUCGUCCCUUUGACCACUUGGUGUAUAGAUGUUUUGGCGCUUCUGCCCUUGAGUUCUUUUGA